AUGCCGCUAUUUAAGAAAGGCAAUGGGUUAAAUGAUUGCCUACACUUGACCUGUGAUCUUUCUCUUGCAGUGACUUAUAUCCAGGAAGUGACUCCAUACUUGAAAAAGCCCUCAUUGAUAGCAGACCUGGCAUGGGACAGCCUCCCUCCGCAUUCUCCACACCUAGGAGCUGCUGGCUCCAGUUCUCCAAAUCAUUGUGCCAAAGACAGCAAGAUUUUCCCGCUGAAGAUGUGCUACAUUGCAAGGAAUCUGAGCAUGCCUGAUCCAGAGAGCAGGUUAUUUGAACUGCACUCCCCUGAUGGCAGGCAUGUAAUCAUUCUGCGGAGCAAGGAUGCUGUUGCUACACAUGCUUGGUUCACAGCCAUUCACACGACUAUAACGGCGCUGAUCCCUCAGGCACUGUCGGAGCUGAAUGGGCUGCUUAACCUAAGUGGCAGAGCCAUACAGCACGUCGGCUGGCUGGCUGAGCAGCAGAAAGUUGAAGGUGGAAGGCAGCACUGGAAGCCAGUGGUGGUCGUCCUUACUGAUAAAGAUAUGCUGCUUUACGACAGCGUCCCAUGGAACAGAGACCUCUGGUCAUCACCCACUCAGAGCCAUCCACUGCUGGCAACCAGGUUAGUUCACUCAGGUUCAGCACGAGGAUCCCCAGGCAUUAGUUCAGAGCUAAUGUUUGCCACAAGAACUGGCUCGCGACAAGGCAUCGAAAUGCAUGUUUUCCACGUGGAGACUCACCGGGACCUGUCAACAUGGACACGGAUGCUUGUCCAAGGCUGUCAUAGUGCUUCAGAGUUGAUUAAAGAGGUGACGUUGGGAUGUACUUGGAAUGGACAGGAUGUCAAACUGAUCAUUCAUUAUGAAAGUGGUUUUGUGAUGUCCCACAACAACUCGGCUGUGGACUCAUCCAGCCCUCUUUUCCAGUAUCCAUUUGAAAGAUUGAAAAUGUCGGCUGAUGAUGGGAUCAGGAUGCUUUAUUUGGACUUUGGGGGGCCAGAAGGAGAACUGCAUCUGGAUUUGCAUUCGUGUCCGAAGCCUGCUGUCUUCGUUAUACAUUCAUUUCUCUCAGCCAAAGUGACCCGGAUGGGACUCCUAGUGUGAAGAAGGAAGUGGCAGAAGAAAUCUUUGGAUUCGUGCAUUCAUCAAAACCAAAGACCAUUGCAGCAUCUUGGAAAAUGUAACCUGCAAGAGUGCAAAGAUCAGGACUGGUGGGAGGCCACAGCUCUUGUAAGAAUGGGAGGAUUCUCACAUAUGUCUCAUUGUGGAACAGAGAUCUCCCAAUAUUGCUGUUUGUUGCCAUAAGUGCCUUUUUGUUAUUAACUGAACUUCACAAAUUUUUACGGUUGUUUUUACUGUGAAGAUAACACAGUUUUAACUUUGGAGCAUAUAGUUUUGUAAUUUGAUUUAAAAGAUCUUGGUAUCAUGAUGCUAGCUGGUUCUGGUGUUAUUCCUGCUAUUGGUGUAAUAUCUUGCAAUCAUGGGGCAGCACUCCCACUUUUGUGGUUGGAACAGGAAGACUGAAAUGAGCACAGUAUUGUCACUUAAACCAGCAAAACAGGUAGGUGACCUGAAACUCUUCCUAGUAUUAUGUUAGUUGAAAACGUUAUGUUUAAAGUAUUCUAUGUACCUAUGCUUGUAGCAGGCCAGUGUCACCGCAAAGGUAUUUCUGAUAAUGCUGAAAUUUCGAUUCUGUAGCUGAGUUUCAACACACUGCAAAUGUUAUUCAGCAGCCUCAUGGCCCAGCUGUUGUUACAUCUGGAUGUAAUGUGAACUGGUUGGCCUGUUGACUGAGAGGAUAUGAACAUCCAAUUGAACUUGUGUUUUUAUUACACCUUGAGUAAAACAGUGAAAUUAACAGCCUUGACCCUCCAUGCGGUCCUCAAUGUUUCCUUACAUUUAGAUAUUUAGAAUAAUAUCUGUCAAAAUGUGUUUGGGCUCUCUGUACUGUUCUAAUCUAGGAGGCAUGGUCUCAUAAGUCAGCCCACAUUUUUGGCAUCGAUAAUGAAAUUGGAGUAUCUGAACUGGGAAAGGAGAUGAAACCAGUUGUGCAGGCUGCUCUGGCCCACUGGAUGAGGAGGGAAAGCCUUUCACACUUUAAAAAAAAAGUACACCUAUCUGGAACAACUAUGAAUAUAUUCCACAAACUUCCCCUCAUUUUCCCACCACAAUCUCUGCCUCUGACUAGCUCUUUGCCGUGGUGUGGAUGGGGAGGAGCACUUGUUUCUUUGCACUGGUCUCUGCUGCACUGCUGCCUCACAGCGCCAGGGACCCGGGUUCAGUUCCACCUCAGGCAAUUGUCUGUGUGGAGUUUGCACAUUUUCCCCAUGAGUUUCCUCUGGAUGCUCCAGUUUCCUCCCACAGUUCAAAGAUGUGCAUGUUAGGUGGAUUGGCCAUUGUGUCCAGUAAUGUGUAGGCUAGGUGGGUUAGCCAUAGGAAAUGUAGAAUUACAGGGAUAGGGUGGUGGGAUGCUCUUCAGAGGGUUGGUGUGGAUUCAAUAGGCUGAAUGGCCUAUUUCUACACUAUAGGUAUUCUAUUUAUAAACAGAGGGCUGUUUAUAAUUGUACACAGAUUCAGCGUCCCUCAAUGUGUUGGCCCAGUGGGAGAACAGCUUGGUGCUGUUACUGGGUGUAAUGGAUGAAGGUCUUGAAUCCUGCUGUGUGAUUUUAAAUACAUUUGCGCUUUUUAUAAAUAGCACUGCAGCAUCAAGAUUAGAUGGUACAGACAGGAUGAACUGCAUGGUUGCCUUCUGUAACCUAGAGGUUCCCUUUCUAAAGGGAGAAUUCGGAAUCCAAUCUUGAGCUCACAUAACUGAGUUGUUUGCUGAAUCUAUAUGGUAAGGUAUGCUGACUGUUGGAGGCUUAAAGGUUGCACAUUCUGUAUAUAAUGCUGGGUCGUGGGAAAAUGCACCACACCUGGCUUUGACUGUUUUUAAGCCAUAAUGUAGAAUAUGCAAAUCAGAUGCAAAUUUGCAGGUUGAGCAAUUCAGUUACAGUUCGAGGUCUUAAAUUCUGACUGUACUGUACUCUAUUACCAUUUGGUAUUACAGUAGAGGUCAUGGCAACCUGAGGCCAGGGUGGGUGUUCUGUCUGGACAAUGGGAUAGAACCCAGGGAUGGGUAGAGUUGAGGGGGUAGGGAGACGGUGCGAGAGCAGGGAUCUAUGUGAUUGCUUGAGAAGGUGGUUUAACAUUACCACCAGGUCGUUUGAUUCUGCAAGAAAGACCAGUUUUGCUGGUUUAUUUGCAACUUUGAGCUUUUUAAAAGAAUAUUUACCCUGACUCUAAUCUACUCCAUAUUUUUGGAUUCAAUGGACUAAGAGUAUGAAUGAGUCACAUUAAAAGUUGCGAUGCUUCCCUUGCAUGUUAUACUUUGCCCAAUGUACAUGAGCAAUUUAUACAGUCUAGUUUGCGUACUUAAUGGGGGGAGAAAAGCUAUUUUAGGUUUGCUGCUUGAUUGCCUUAAUGGUUUAUCCUGAUUUUUGUUCACUUUAAAUUUGAAGCAUUUGUAGUACAAUUGGAAGAAAACUUGGGUCUGAUCUUUUUAUUAAAAAAAAGCCUAAUAUUGAAUGUAAGUUCCAACCUGUGCUCAGAUAGAAGUGUCCGGAUCCCAUUCUCAUUCUGGCACCUUCCAGUAGAACAAGCUGGUUUGUAUCAUGGUUAACACUACAACAACUCUGCACUUUACAUAUCUCCUGAUGUGCCCCUCAUGCUUGAACUGUUCAUUGCUGUCAUUGAGCAAUUUGAUUUCUUAUUGUCCAAAUCACCACCUGCUCAGGUAACUAAACUUAAAAACAAAACAGUGGUCAAACUAAGUAUGUCUGGCAGCUUCUAUGGAGAGAGAAACGGAGUUAAUGAAAAUUCUGAAGAGUCAUUUUGGACUCAACAUUAACUCUGCCCACAGAAGCUGCCAGAGUGUUUUUUUAAUCUCCCCCUAGCAUUUUCUCUUUCUCAUCGAUAUUUCCAGCAUUUGCAAUAUUUUGCUUUCAUUACUCAGGUAACUAACACAGCCUUGCUUUUAAUGUUUGCUGUAGAGAUGGAGCUCAAACCCACAGAUUUGCAAAAUAGUCAUUUUCAGUUGGGAGAGUAACCUAUACUUUGAAAUGUGUGCAUUGUAAAUCAAUAUUUCAGCAAGUGUGCACUGCCGAAUAGAUAAGGAUAACCUGCUACCUGCGUGCUAACAAAGUAAUAACAAUGGCACAUGAUAACUGAGGACAACUUGCAGCUAAAUAGCACCUGUACGGGAGCCCAAAGUCCCACAGCAUUUCAAAAACAUGUCCAGUCAGAGGGCUGGAAAUUGAACUGUGGUCCUGGGAAGAGGUUGCUUUGUCCUAACACUGUUUAGUCAGGUCUGACUGGUUAAAAACCUUCAUAUUCAAUAGAGGCGUAAUCUGCUCCUGAAUUUCGAGGUGCAUUCUCUUGCCAAUUAAGUUCUAUUUUUGUAAUUGACUGCUGGUGAUUCCCUUUAAUUAUUGACUGACAUACCAAAGUGAAUGCCCCACCAGGGCAAGCUGUCCUUGGGCAUUCCCCCUCUUGUAUUAUAGACAAAGGAUUGUAUCUAUACUGGAUCUGCAGUGGCAAUUCUGUGUACAUGUGUAUGAAUAAAAUUAUCCAUUUUACUUU